UAUUUGAAAACUGUCCGUGAUUAGGAUCCUGUCUUGGCAUCUUGCCAUUGGUUGGUAAGUUGCUCAUAAUUUUUGUAUUGAAAGGUAUUCGACGAGUCUCACUUCAUUCUUGGCUCUGCUCAAAUAUUCAUUUUUCUCUCCCUCUCAAAAACACCUGCGAAGAGAGAGGGAGAAAUGGUGAUGUGGGUAUUUGGGUACGGAUCUCUUAUUUGGAAGCCAGGUUUUAACUACGAUGAUCAUCUUGUAGGUUUCAUCAAAGGCUAUCGUCGUGUUUUCUAUCAAGGCAGUACUGAUCACAGAGGAACGCCAGAAUUCCCAGGUAGAACAGCAACACUGGAGCCUGCUGAAGGAGAAGUUUGCUGGGGUAUGGCCUACAAAAUAACGAAGAAGGAAGAUCAAGAAGUUGCACUGACAUACCUUGAAGUCAGGGAAAAACAAUAUGAUAAGAAGGCUUAUGUAGAUCUUUUCACUGAGCCUGCAACAUCAGCACCGGCUGUUUCUGGUGUAUUAGUAUACAUAGGGUCUCCAGACAAGAAGGUUAAUGAGAACUACCUGGGACCUGCAUCAGUUGAAGAAAUUGCUAGUCAAAUUGCUCGUGCAGAAGGCCCCUCAGGACCCAAUAAAGAUUACCUUUUUCAACUUGAAAAAGCCCUUGACUUCUUAGGAUGUGAAGAUAAACAUGUCAGUGACAUAGCAAAGGAAGUCAGGCGCAUUCUUUCAGAAGAAGAGGUAACUAUUUCAUGAUCUUGCGGGGCAGCAUUGUCCGAUAAGCAGAUACUUGAACAGUGUAUGGAUCCAAUGGAAAAAUAAUUACUAGUCUAAAUCCAAGUCCCUUCAGAUUUCUUGCAUUCAAGGAAAAUAAUACACUAUUGUUGGCCUUCCUGUCUUGUCUGCUCAACCUUUCAAUAGUAUUUUUGCACUGUCAUAUUGCUGUCAUACAAAUGGAAAGAUGAUCGAGUUAAUAAUAGUGUGUUGUGUCAUAGAAUUAUUCUUAAA